AUGCCUCCAAUGGCUCCAUUUGCUCCAUUCCAGUUCAGAGGAAAUUCUAACUAUCGUGGCUCGCGUCCCAAUCCACGACACGAGUUCACUUUCCGGUACCAGAAACCCGCCACCUCGGACCGACCGUUAUUGUCCUCGAAGAGGGAAAGCACGCCCGAACGACUUCAAGGCGAGUCUGAGACUAAGCCUGAACUCAGAUUUGCUGAACUUUCCACUUUGAGCGACAGCGAAGAAGCAGAAAUGGACAUGUCUGAUGACUCCGACACCGAGCGACCGCGUAAGAGACGUGCAGUAGCUCUCGACGGGCCUCAAGAGGCUGUUCCUGCUCCUGUUCCGAAAUGGUCGAACCCUGAUCCGUACACUGCGCUACCUCCUCCAGCUGAAACUACAAACAAAAGGGUGGAUGUUGUUAAGCUGAUUCGCAAGGCGAGACUUGACAUUGCUGCAAAGACGGACGAAACGGACGCAGUCAAGCAAAACUCAGACUUCAUUUCUCUUGGCAUGGCAUUUGAACCAGAAAUCUCUCAGAGCAACGCUCCCGAUAAUGCUCCUAAAGGCCCCAAGGCCCAGGACGUUCUAGAUCCCGCCAUUGCGAGUCGAAAGCGAACCCGCGACGAUGAGAUCAAAGGGUACUCCCGAAAGACCGGAAAGCCUGCCAGCAGGUUCAACUACGAUGGUUCUGUUAUCGAUCAAUGGAGACCACUUUCCCCAGAGACAGGCACGCCUUGGUUCGAGGGCACCCCGCCUUCCUUGCACGUUGGAACCCAGCUGCAUAAUGAGAUUCUCAGCUUCUAUCACUGGGCCAAGCCACAGGAAUUCGAACAUAUCGUCCGUGCAGACCUUGUCAAUCGAUUGGAGACUGCAUUCCAACAACGCUACCAUAACGUUUCGAUCCGGGCCUUUGGUUCUUUCGCCUCGGGUCUCUAUCUCCCCACUGCCGAUAUUGAUUUGGUGCUGCUUUCUCACACAUUUUUACGCACGGGAGUCCGAACAUUUGGAGAAAGGAAGGGUCAAAUCUACGCGUUUUCAGCUUUCCUCAAGAGCACAAAUCUUGCUGUUCCUAACUCGAUCGAAUGCAUUGCCUCCGCCCGGGUCCCGAUUCUCAAGUACGUGGACAAGCUGACUGGAUUGCGCGUGGAUUUGUCUUUCGACAAUGACAGUGGCUUGAUCGCCAACGAGACAUUCCAGAAAUGGAAAUCUCAGUAUCCGAUGAUGCCGGUUAUCCUGGCUGUGAUUAAGCAGUUCCUGUUGAUCCGUGGCCUCAACGAGGUCCCAACUGGUGGCCUAGGAGGUUUCUCCAUCACUUGCUUGGUCACGAGUAUUCUCCAGCAUCUGCCCCAAGGCCAUAUGCAGCCAAAUCUAGCAACAAUCUUGUUGGACUUUUUCAAUUUCUACGGGAAGGAAUUCUGCUAUGAUAGGCUGGCAAUCCGGAUGGAUCCUCCAGGCUAUUUCAACAAGGUGAGUGAAUUCUGGUUUGCCUUUGUCAACCAGCCAGCUAAUCAUGUCAAACAGGGCUAUUAUUUCGGCAACCCCGAUCGUCUCACAAUCGAAGAUCCCAAUAACCGAGACAACGAUAUCUCAGGCGGCACUAAGGAAAUUGGGUUGAUCUUCCGAGCCUUUUCUAAUGCCCAAACUGCCCUGAGGAAUCGCAUGGAAUAUCUUGCACUUGUCCAAGGGUCGAAUAAGAGCAUUCUUGAACCCAUCAUUGCGGCGAACUUUGAUGAAUAUAUCGAGCAACGCUUUCAACUCCGUCAGGUGUUCAUGACAGAAGAGAGGUUUGCUCGUUACAGGGAGGCUCCACCUCCGCCUCCGCCGCCGGGAUCCCCUCCUGCUAACGAAGCUUCCCCUCCUCCUCCUCCCCCUCCUGUCGACGGAGCCCGCUCUCUCGUGCCAGCGGCCGCAGCUCGCAAGCCUGCCAAAAAGGCCAAAGGAAAUUCGAAGGGCACGAAAUCGGAGCCAGAAGAUAUUUCUUCUGAUGAAGCGCCUGAAUCCGAAGCAAAGUCUGCCAAAGCUCGCAAGGGUGAGACAAGACGUCAGUUAUGUCAGGAGCGUGCUGCCAGGCUUAAACGCCUGAGGCCCGACCUCACGAAGCUACCCAACACCCUCAGCCUUCGCCAAGCUCGCCGCCAUGCAGGCUACGAGACCGAUGAGCAGAUGAAUGCGGAUUUGGACCGAAGAGAGCAGAAACUUCUCGCCUCGGCAUAA